AUGUCUGCCGUUGAAGCUGUCACCAACACCAUGGCUGCGACCACCAUUAACGACACCCCCAGCGCCAACGGUACUCCCGCGGCCUCGCAGCCUACCGACGCUGCUGCCGCCAGUGCUGACGAGGGUCGUCGCCUGUACAUCGGCAACCUUGCCUACGCAACCACCGAGGAGGAGCUCAAGGACUUCUUCAAGGGCUACACCAUCGAGAGCACCUCGAUCCCGGUGAACCCCCGCACCAACCGCCCCGUUGGCUACGCUUUCGUGGAUCUCGCAACUGCUGCCGAGGCCACUGCGGCCAUUGAGAGCCUCUCUGGCAAGGAGAUUCUCGCGCGCAAGGUUUCGGUCCAGCUGGCCCGUAAGCCAGAGCCUGCGGAGGCUAAGGAGGGUGCUGCCAGUGGCGGUGAGGGCGCCAGCGGCAAUGAGGGUCGCAAGCGCACCGGUGGCCGGGGUCGUGGCCGUGGUCGCGCUCGUGGCCGUGGUGGCCGUGCCGCUCGUGGACGUGCCCAGGAUGGACAGGAGCCCACCGAGGCCAAUGCCGCCGAGGCCGCUCCCCUGACUGAGACCACCAACGACAACGAGCCCGCAGCUACCGAGGGUGCCAAGCAGGGCAAGCCCCGUGCUCCUCGUCCCCAGAAGCAGCGUGGUCCCCCCGAGGAUGGUAUUCCCUCCAAGACCAAGGUCAUGGUCGCCAACCUUCCCUACGACCUGACCGAGGAUAAGCUCAAGGAGAUCUUCGCCGACUACUCCCCCGUCUCCGCCAAGGUCGCUCUUCGUCCCAUUCCCCGCUUCAUGAUCAAGAAGCUCCAGGCCCGCAACGAGCGCCGCAAGACCCGCGGUUUCGGAUUCGUCAACCUCGCCUCGGAGGAACUCCAGGCCAAGGCCGUCAGCGAGAUGAACGGCAAGGAUAUUGACGGUCGCACCAUUGCUGUCAAGGUCGCCAUCGACAGCCCCGGCAAGGAGGACGACGUCAACGCCGCCGCUGAUCAGUACGAGGAGGCCAACGCUCCCGCUCAGGAGAACGCCGCCCCUGCUGCUGAUGCUCCCACUGAGGCCGCUUAA